GCCACAAGUUCACAACCUCUCUGCUCAAGCCCUAAAUUUCAAACUCACCCAUUAAACUCUUACAGGCCAUUCCUUGGAGAACAAUUGCACUCUCAGAAAACACAUUUACACAUUGAAAUGGAAACCCAUACUUCUGAAGAAAAACAACAAAGAUUAUGCAGAUUUGUUGUGAGCCUUAACGAGGAGAUUGAUUACAAAAAUCAAAGGCUGCUAGAAAUGGAGCACAAAUAUGAUCAUACAUCUGCAACUCUAACCAAACUUGUUGUGAGCCUUACUAGGGAGAUUGAUAAAAAAAAUCAAAUGUUUUCAGAAAUGGAGCAUAAGUACAAUGUGGUCUCUGCAACUGUUAGCAGGUUGAUAGACGAGAAGAAGAGGCUGCAUGACACAUAUAGUGAAGAACUGAGAAAGAUGAACAUGAGACUAAAGAAUACAAAGCUGAAGCAUGAGCUGGAAUGUCGAAAGAGAGAACUUGAGAACAAUGCCAAAGAACACGAGAAGUGUAGUGCCCAGAUUGACUUGGAACGGAGAAACUUAUUGGUUGAGAAGGAGAAAAAUGCUGUAGAAACUGAUGCCUUGAGAAAAGAAUUGGAGGAAAAAGUAGAUGUAUUGCAUUAUAUGGAAAGCCUUAAUCAAACUCUGAUACUUAAAGAGCGAAUGAGUAACAAUGAGCUGCAAGAUGCUCGCAAAGAAGCGAUAAGUAGUUUGCGAGAUAUGCUGAAUAACCGAUCAACGCUUGUGAUAAAAAAGAUGGGUGAGGUUGAUCAAAAACCUUUUCAAGAUAUGUUCUCAAGUGAAGACUGGGAGGCAGGGACUUCUGCUAAACUAUGCACUUUGUGGGAAGAAAAUGUGAAGGAUCCUCACUGGCAUCCUUUCAAGAUAAUCAUUAUUGAUGGGAGACUGCAAGAAGUAAUAGAUGAAGAUGAUGAGAAGUUGAAAGAAUUGAGAAAUGAAUGGGGUGAGGCUGUUUACAAUGCUGUAGCCAAUGCUUUGUUGGAACUGAACGAGUGCAAUCCUAGUGGGAGAUAUGCAGUUCCUGAAAUUUGGAAUUUAAAGGAGGGAAGAAAAUGUAGUCUGAAAGAGAUCAUCGAAUACAUAAUCAAGCAAUGGAAAACUCAUAAGCGUAAAAGGAACUGGAGCUAACCUUAGUAUUUUUUCUUGCAUGGUGAUUUUCGUACUGCUGUUUGGUUACACGAUUUUUCAACCAAAUGGUUUGAAGUUUGAUGAAAUCAAAGGGUGAAAACAAUUGCCAUCUUCACUAUUGUCGGGAAGCUUUGAAGUUAACAAGCAGUGUCAAAACAUCAGGUUGUGAAAACAGAACUUGUGUAAAUCAUCAACAAUUAGCUCAGGUGAGGCGGGUUUUAACUUUGUGUUGAUGCAAGUAGAUAGUUAUCUAAUCCUAGCUCAAGUGAGGCAGGAUGUGACUUUGUGUUGAUGUAAUUAGAUAGUCAUCUAAUCCCUUUCCUGGAAUAUGUCACUGGAAACUAACUAAUUUCGUAGUUUUUUCAGUUUCUGGUAGAAAUAAUUUUAUUACAUAGAAUUAUAUAAAUUGGUUUAGAUUUGGUGUCUUCUGGGAACAAAAUAUUUGCUUCAACAUUGAAUUGAAAUGGUUGAUCACCUUACCAUUUAUUGGUCAAAGGCCUCAACUAUUUCAUAUUACUGAGGUAUGGAUUGGGCAAAACAAGAGGUAUGUGCCUCUCCAUGUGGUAAGUUUUGAACUCCAGAAUUGGGUUGUCUGGUUGUAGUAUUUCUUGUAGAACUGUUUCUGUUCAAGAACAAUUCUGAUAAUGCGAUUGCCGUAGCAUUUUUCGAGAAAAUGUCUUGAGAGGAUCUGCAUUUAGAAAAUU